GGUCAUUCUGACUCCAUCUGUGUCGUCAUCGGACCAACACCUUGGACCAAACCCACCUGCUAAUCCCUGCUUUGUGCCUGCGACCCCUCACUGCAACUUCGAACUCGUCCGAACACCCAACUACAAGACCGGGAACCUACGCGCCCGUGCCAUUUUCAUCGCAAAGACCUCCAGUAGCUCAAGCAUAUUAGUAUCCCAGGCUCGAGCCAUCAGCCUGCGGACCGUAGGCACCCCACUAGCAACCCAGUCAUCCAACCAAUCCAACGAACGGGACGUCUCCUUUUAUCCAUGGCCCACCGAUCAUCCGGCCCCGAGCGCGCCGAGCGCUGGGACCGCGGCCGCUACGAGUACGAGCGCGACCGCGACAGGUACGGCGACAUCCGUGAGCGAUUCGAGGAAUCAGAUGACCAUGUGUACGUGCGACGCGGCGGUUCGUCCUCCCGUCCACCACCGCCACGCGACGACCGAUCCGAGGCGGCACCGUCCGACGUGAGAUCUGAGCGACGGUUCCGCACGUACAACGAUGAAGACGACGAUGUCGUGGUGCGCGAGCGCCGCCGGGUCGUGUACGACGACGAGGAGCGCGAGCCGCGGUUUAUUCGGCGCCGCAUGCCGUCGCCUCCGCCUGCCUCUGAGGUGGAGAGGUCGCGCGUUGAGAUCGAGGAGCGGGUGCGCUACCGCACUCCGUCACCGUCGCCGGUUAGGAGGCCGACGCGGCUGAUCAGGAGGCAGUCGAGUCUGGAUACAUUUGAUCGGAAGCCUGCAAGGCGGUACUGGGAGAAAGAGAGAGAAGAGUAUGGGCCUCCGGCCCGGCGCGAUGACUACAGGGUGCCGCCAUAUGUCGACAUUCCGCUGCCGAGGUCGAAGGCAUUGCCUCCUCCCCGGGAGAGGGUGGUUUCUGAGAGGGAAUACCGUGACGAGAUCCAGGUCUCCGACCCGCAUCGGUAUGGCGACGAUGACUUCCGGGAGGCCUACCCUGAGCGGGUGCGCGAGAAGGAGAUUAUCCGUACUAGGCGCAGGACACGGAGCCGGGAAUCGAGGGUUCGAUCGAGGUCAUCCAGCACCAGUAGCUCUUCGAGCAGUGGCGGCACGACGCUGACGGCCAGGAGCGAGUAUCCCAAGAAGGGCAAGACUCGCAUUCCGGCCCGGCUCGUUUCCAAGCGGGCGCUCAUUGACCUCGGCUACCCGUUCGUGGAGGAGGGCAACAUCAUCAUCGUGCAGAAGGCACUCGGCCAGCAGAACAUCGACGACCUGCUCAAGCUCAGCGAUGAGUACAAAAACAGUGAGCUCGAAGUCAUUGCCGCCCGUUCCAGCGCGGGCGACAUCAUCGAGGAGCGGGUGGAGACGCGAAGGGAAGUCUGGGAAGGCCCGGCUGCACUGCCCGGACCUCCCCCAGCCCCAGCCGCUCCCGCCGGCACCGGCCCUGUUAUUAUCCAAGCCAACCCGCCGCCGCAGCAGCCAGUCGAAGUCGUCAAAACAACCGUCAUCCGCGACGUGUCCCCCGCCCGUACGUACACGACCGCUUCGUACGACACCGCCUCCUCGUACGACACAACCACCUCCUACGACACCUACACGACCUCGACGACAGCCACGCCCGUCGUCUACCGACGCGACAUCGAAGAAUCGGCCGCGAUGCCCGUCGGCCCGGUGGCCCUCGCCACGGCCCACCACCGCCGCGGUUCGCUCGAGACAGACGAACUCCGCUCGCAGAUCAGCCACUUGGAGCGCCAGCUCGCGCGGCGAGACCGGAGCCGCCACCACCGCCACGGCAGCCGCAGCCGCCAUCGGAGCGUGAGCCGCGGCGGCGAGUUGAUCCGGGCGGAGAGGCUGAGCACGGGCGAGCUGGUGCUAUACGAGGAGGAGGUCGAGAGGGUGCGUGAGCCGAGCAGGGGUGGGGUCCGGAUUGAGAAGGACAAGAGAGGUAGGCUGUCUAUUAGCGUGCCAUCGCGGCACCGGUGAUUUCCUCACAUGUUUGGCUUGGUGGGAUGUCGGUGCGUUUUUUUUCCUUCUUAUUUUCUUAUGCAGAAUGUGUUGCGUUUUCUGGAACCUG